CGGGAGGAGGGCAGGCGGCGCGUCGUGAAAAGGGGCGGUCCUUCCGCGGGACUGUUAUUAUUUAUUUCUUUGUUUCAUGUGCACUUUAACAACAACAAUGGUGGCUAAUUGAAGACGUGUUUUUGUGCUGUUCAGCCUGCGCGGAUGACUGCCUCCUGCUCCACUUACCACACGGACCGGACGGCCGAAUCUUCGGGGGGAGGAUGAAGCGGCGCAAUGCGGACUGCAGCAAACUCAGACGGCCCUUAAAACGGAACCGAAUCACGGAGGGUAUAUAUAGCAGUACAUUUCUGUAUCUGAAGUUCCUGGUCGUGUGGGUGUUGGUUCUGCUGGCUGACUUUGUGCUGGAGUUCAGGUUCGAGUACCUGUGGCCCUUCUGGCUCUUCCUCCGCAGCGUCUACGAUUCCUACAGAUAUCAAGGACUGGCGUUCUCGUUCUUCUUCGUAUUUGUGGCGUUGACAUCAGAUAUCAUCUGCCUCCUCCUCAUACCCGUUCAGUGGCUUUUCUUUGCUGCCAGUACUUAUGUGUGGGUCCAGUAUGUGUGGCACACAGAGAGAGGAGUUUGUCUCCCCACUGUAUCGCUAUGGAUCCUGUUUGUUUACAUUGAAGCUGCCAUCCGCUUUAAAGAUCUGAAGAACUUUCACGUUGACUUGUGUCGACCUUUUGCUGCUCACUGUAUUGGCUACCCAGUUGUUACUCUGGGCUUCGGCUUCAAGAGCUACGUGAGCUACAAGAUGCGCCUGAGGAAGCAGAAGGAGGUGCAGAAGGAGAAUGACUUCUACAUGGAGCUGCUGCAACAGGCGCUACCUCCAGAGCAGCAGAUGCUCCAGCGACAAGAGAGGGAGGCAGAGGAGGCCAAAGGGAUUUCAGAGGCAGAACCCUUAGUAAUAUCCCAGAACGGGGGCCCUCCCGGUAAGAAAAGCUCCUCAGUGCAAUUGCCAGAGCUGGAGUAUCGGGAGAAAGGGAAGGACAGCACCGCAAAAGAGCGGGAAAGCAAAAAGCAAAACAGCCUGGGAAUCAAUAACAACAACAUUCUACACUCACUGGACUCCAAACUACAGGAGACGGAAUAUAUCGAGAACUUCAUCAGGGCAAAGAAACUUAGUAACGACGUGGCGGCAGACGGCGACGCCCCUGCCAACGCUGCUUCCAAAGAGGAAGCGGCGGGAAGCGGCAAGAACUGCAAAAAUGCUUCCGGGGGCGGCGUGUCCAACUCUCCUCCCAGGAAUCACAGCUUCAGCAACGGCAGCGUUCAGACGGCUUCCUCGGCCAGCAAGAAUGAGAAGAAGCAGAAAGGAGGGAGCGGGAAAAGUCAGAGGGAUCCUGUGGAGAACUGCAUCCCCAACAACCAGCUGGGAAAACUGGAUGCUUUAGUCCGGCUGGAGCAGGACGUGAAGCGCCUGAAGGCGGACCUCCAGGCCAACAGACAGCUAGAGUCGGACCUGCGGUGUCAGCUGUCCUCGCUCAGCAGCCAAGACCGCAGCCUGCGCUCCGAGCUGGGCCAGCUCCGUCAGGACAACGAUCUGCUCCAGAACAAGCUCCACGGCGGCGUGCAGGCCAAGCAGAAAGAUAAGCAGACCAUCUCCCAGCUGGAGAAGAGGCUAAAAGCCGAGCAGGAGGCUCGCAUCCUGGCUGAAAAACAGCUGGCUGACGAGAGGAAGAGGAAGAAGAUGGAGGAGGCCACGGCUGCCAGGGCGGUGGCUUUGGCCGCAGCUACAAGAGUGGAGUCCAACGAUUCGCUGCGUGGUCGGAUUCGAGAGCUGGAAACGGAGUGCAAGAAGCUCAGCAUGGACAUGAAACUUAAGGAGGAGCAGAUUCGGGAUCUGGAGGGCAAGUGUCAGGAGUUGCGCAAGUACAAGGAGAACGAGAAGGAUACGGAGGUGCUGAUGUCGGCGCUGUCCGCCAUGCAGGAGAAGACUCAGCACCUGGAGAACAGCCUGAGUGCAGAGACCAGGAUCAAGCUGGAUCUCUUCUCCGCACUGGGAGACGCCAAGAGGCAGCUGGAGAUAGCACAAGGCCAGAUCCACCAGAGGGAGCAAGAGAUCGCCGAGCUGAAGCAGAAGAUAGCGGAGGUGAUGGCGGUGAUGCCCAGCCUCUCCUACUCGUCAGACGGCAGCAACCUCAGCCCCGUCACGCCGCACUACUCCUCCAAGUUCAUGGACAACAGUCCCUCCUCCCUGGACCCCAACGCCUCAGUCUACCAGCCCCUCAAAAAAUGACUCAAUCCAUUUUUUGGAGUUCAAUCUCCCGGUUUAUGUUGGGGUCUUUCCCGAGUUUACAAACUCCUGACAGUGUUUGCACUCUAAAAGGACACAAAUAUACAUAUCUGCUGAAGGUCGUGACCUUCAAUUUCAGUCGAGGGAGGAAAGAAAGAGCCAUCGUGUGUCAAUCUUCUUUUUCCCCCCAGACAGCCAUUACGACUUCCUUCACCAAGUGAGAAUGUAAGCACCACUCAUACUUUCUUAGUGUAGAGCACUGAUCUUCUCACAGUAUGCACUUACCCUUAUAACCAGGACAUUUCCCGGCUUAAUUUCAGCUGAGAUAGGCUCUAGCGCCCCCCCUGCCACCCCAAAAAGGGACAAGUGGUAGAAAAUGGAUGGAAUUGUCUCCCCCAGGAUUGCCAAAACCACCUCUCCUUUCCACCAACACCAAAUUACAAGCCCUCUUAUGUUUCAAUGAAUUAUUUGCAGAUUUACAGUGCCUUGCAUAAAAUCCUGCAGUUUCUCCUACAAUACGGUUGUUUUUUGCAGCAAAAACAAAAGCUGUGAUUGUCUCACGCCCCAACAGUUUACAUCAUGUACAGUACAGGCCACAAGUUUGGACACGUUCUAUUUCCAUGACGAUUUACAUUGUAGAUUGUCACAUCAAAACUAUUAAUUAACACAUGUGGAGUUAUGUAGUUAAAUAACUGAAAACAUGUUUUAUAUUAUAGUUUCUUCAAAAUAGCCUCCCUUUGCUCUGAUCUCUCUCUGCAUUCUCUCCAUUAGCUUUAAGAGGUAGUCACCCAAAAUGGUUUUCCCUUCCCAUGUGUGUUAAGUUAAAGUACCAAUGAUACUAGGUUUGGUGAGAUUUGUCAUCGGCAUUUCUCCCAGGGGGUGAAUAAAAGGGAUAAGUCAAAUGCAGAGGACAAAUCUCACCACACCUAGUAUCAUUGGUUGAAGCUCAUGGAGAGAAUGCCAAGAGUGUGCAAAGCAGUAAUCACAGCAAAGGGUGGCUAUUUUGAAGAAACUAGAAUAUAAAACAUAACACCACACGUGUUCAUUCAUAGUUCUGAUGUGACAAUCUACAAUGUAAAUAGUCACGAACAUAAAAGUUUGGUCUGUACUGCACGAGAACUUCCGGAAGAAUGUUUCUUUGCAGAAGUGCCAAGUGUCACCAUGUGUUCUCCAUUCCUCAAGUGGUGUAGUUCUCAUUUGCACAUCGGGUGCUGUUGACUUGUUGGUGACUAGAAGGUAUUAGACGGUGUUGUGUUUACAAGGCUGACUGCCAUGAAGCGGCGGGUUGUCACUUUUCCAUCGUGUUUUGUUUUUAAUCCACCUAUUUAUUUGUGACUGGAUUUAAUCCGUGUUUCAUUAUCCCUCACCAUGCAGACUUGGUUUAAUUGUACUUUGUUUUUGUUUUUCAAACCAUGGAAGGAUUCUGUGAAUGUGAACCAUUUGAUUCUGUUUGUGCUCUUAUCCUGUGGAACACUGUUGUCGUGAAUCGUUUUUGGACAUUGUGACUUUUUCGGUGGUGAAGAAAGGAAUGAAAGAGUUAAAAGGUGA